CAGGGGCAUAUGUACAGUAAAUUCCAUUAGCCUACUUAGAGAAAGCUAUAAAGGGUGUUUUUGAAAAAACAGAGAUUUCUGUUGAUAUGUAAAGAAGAAGAAGAAGAAGAAAAAAAAAACGUUUACACUUGGAUAUCUAUAAAGACUUCCCGGAGGAGAGGGAUUGGAUGUGGGGCCAGGCGACCGACGAGGAGAGAGGAGGGAGCUGUGUGUGUGUGUGCGCAAUAGAGACCUCCCCUAACCCAAGCUUAUCCCAUCUGUCAGCAAUACAAUAAUAAUAAUACGAGCGAGGAGGGUGGUGCUGUCCCUUUAAGAAACGGAGAGAGAGAGGGAGAGGGAGAAGAAGAAGAAGAGAGGGAGGGAGAGAGAGAGAGGAGGAGAGCUGUGAGUCGGUCUGCAGCGUCGGACCAGCGCAUUCGGUUUCAUUAUGGCGAGCGCGUAAACAAAUCGACUCCGGAGGUGGAAAAAACCCAACAGAUAAAACCCGAACUUCACACCGUCCUGUCAUAAACCCGGGGUUUCAGAGGAGUCGUCGCCGAAAUGCCUUCGACAUUCAUCUCUUUUCUUUUUCACGCAAGCAAUAUCACCCAAAAAGACGGCACGGCUUGUGCGUGCGUGCGUCUCCAGGGUAGCCCGGGAUCUACAGACAGCUUUGCCUUGUAAAGUUUUUUUUUUUGGGGGGGGUGGGAGCGAAAAAAGAAAAAUAUAGAUAUACAAAUUAAACCGAUUGUCUUUUAUAAGUCAGUCGCUAACGAAUGGAGUUUUUUUCUGGAGCGAUCGGGAUGGGAAGCUAUUUAAACUGGGCUCGACAUUCUUAGUUUUGUUAUUUUUAUUUAUUUAUUUUGUAAAUCGCCCCGAAAAAAAUUAAGAUGGAGCAUUAAAAUAAAUAAAUAAAUAAAAAUCGAAAAUGUUAACGGGAUCCAAAACCUCAUUCAAAAUUAAGCAAGUUGUCCCCGACUUCAAGGACAAGCCCCUGAACUUCAGCAGCACGGCCCUGCGAGGCGGAGAGACGGCCGAUUUCAAGUGCCUCCCGGGGGAGUGCGUUCUCCAGCGCACGCAGCCCGUCAGGAAGCUCUGUGCUGGAGGAGGAAGCUCGCUCACCGGCGCCCUCUUGUGCACCACCUUCAGGGUGGCGUUUGUCCCCGAGGAGGGCGUGGCCAGGACGGAGGACAGGGGUUCAGUUCCUGCGUUUUUGGGGGAGCAUGAUGUCGCUCUGGCUUCCAUUGAGAGAGUUGUGGCAGUGAGCCCGCCCCGAUGGAAGGUUCUGUCGGCCCGCUCGUCGCUCCGGUUCCACCCCGAGGAGCUGGUUCUGUUCUGUCGGGACCUGCGAGUGCUGAAGUAUCACUUUGGGAAGAGUGUUUCCGGGGGGGCCGAGAUAACGAGUGCCAUCGCCAGGGUGUACCAGCCCUCUGUCCCAGCUUCCCUCUCCUCCUUCCAGAGGUCAGCGCUGGGCAGUGUGGAGAUCAAACAGUAUCUCAGUAAUCGAGGCAGCGACCCCCAGAUGAACUGGUUUGAAGGGCUGCAGGACUGGGAGAGGGAGCUGGCACGGACUGGGGCCACUGGCUGGAGAGUGAGCUCGGUGAACGAACGUUUUGAAAUGGCGACGAGCCUCCCCAGAUUCAGUGUGGUUCCUCAGAGGAUGCUGGACACGGAGCUGAAGAGGGCGUUCGCCCACUUCACUGAGGGGCGCAUUCCGCGCUGGUGCUGGCGCCACCCAGAGGGCAGUGACCUCCUCCGAGCCGCCAGCUUCCAGAGCAACAUCUACCAUGAGAAACACGACGCCCGGAACCUGGAGACUCUGCUGUUUGGGCGUCACUCCCAGUGUGUGAUUGUGGAGGUGGGGGAGGACAUGCCACCCCUCUCCGAGAUCCAGGCUGCACACUCCCGUCUCCGAACCCUGUGCCUGGGAGAUAUUCCUGCGUUGGUGUCAGUGCUGGAUGAGAAGUGGCUGUCCUCUCUGGAGAUGACUCGCUGGCUGGAUCAUGUCAGGUCUUGUCUCAGAAAAUCUGCAGAGGUCUCCUGUCUCUUAGCAGAAGGGAAUCUUACUGUAAUGCUGCAGGAGGCUGAAGACCGAGAUUUGAACUGCGUUGUCUCCAGUCUGGUCCAGAUCAUGUCUGACCCGCACUGCCGGACCCUGCCGGGCUUCCAGAACCUGAUUCAGAAGGAGUGGGUCUCCGCCGGCUUCCGGUUCCUUCACCGGAAUAACUAUACCAGGGAGUGGGACAAGGAGGAGUCUCCCGUGUUCCUGCUUUUCCUGGACUGUGUGUGGCAGCUCCUUCAGCAGUUCCCCUGUCAGUUUGAGAUCACGGAGGUGUUUCUGCUGACCCUGCACGACCGAGCCCACCUGCCUCUCUACAGCACCUUCCUGUUCAACUGCCAGCGCGAGCGGGGCCGCAAUGCCCAGCAUCUCUCUCAGAGCUACACUCCAGUGAAUGGUUGGCAGGAGCUGGUGAACGGGGGUCUGGCUCCCGGUUCGGGGGGGCCCUCUUUCCCCCCGGUUUGGGACUGGGCCCUGCACUGCACCCCGGAGAGGCGGGACAGCUUCCGAAAACCUUCCAACGCCCCCCUGUCUCCCGGGACUGUCCCAAACGGGAAUGCAGAAACGCCACCCGCCCGCAAGCUCAGUAACUGCAGUGGAAGUGGAUCAGGCCUGGUCUAUCUGUUCUCCAAGGGAAGCCUGGGCCCGGCCCAUCACCUCCUGCCCUGGAGGAAUGCUGGAGGAGCGGGUUCCGGCUGGAAGAGUCAUCGGCGGGCCCCCUCCUGUGACAGGCUGCUUCGGCUGGAGCGAGCUCUCAAGGGCCAGCCUCUGGGACCCCGAGGGCCCCUGCUGCCCAUCCUCCUGGGGCCCUGCCUGCGCGUGUGGAGGGGCUGCUACCUGCGGGGGGCGCUGCAAACACAGGUCCCACCCCCAUCUUCCUCCCACCUGCACGUUGACUUCCUGGCCAGCGAGGUGGAGCAUCUGCGAGGCAGGCUGGCAUUGGCGAACGGGCUGGAUUGCCACGGCAAUGGCAAGAGGGUUGAGAGCCGGGGGACCAAUCAGAAGCCCAGGCAGGAGACCACAAACCGCAACUUCCUGUUCGAUGGCAACGGAGGGACAGGCAGCAGUUCGGAGCUGCGCUCCACAGAAACCCCCACCAAGGGGCAGAAACACCCCAAACUCCCACCCUGAGCACAGCGCUGCUGGGUGUGAAGCUGCCAUAAGACUGGGUCCUGUUUGAAGCCAAAGCACGAGAAUUCAAUAAAUCUUAUACUUCCAAUAGUGACAGCUCUGGACAAAAGGUUUGCAUCACCCUGUAGAAUGAACUUGUUUUGCUGGAUAUGACUACAGCUCCCAGCAUGCCUCUGCGUCUGCAGCAACUGCGAGGGAUUGUGGGAGCUGUAGUUCUUUAUGCCGUGGUCUUGUAUCACAGACCUCUAUUAGGAUGCAUCGUGUACAGCUCUGGCCAAAAGUUUUGCAUCUUCCCCAAAUAGAGAGUGAACUAGUUUAGCGUCAUAAAGUCGAAUGAAAACCUGCUGAAUAAUGUUAUCUUGUUCCUCAAUCCUAAAAUUUCAAGGGGAGGCAAAACUUGUGACCACAGCUGCAGGGAGCUCUCAAAUGAGCAAAAUUAAAAAAACAAACAAAA